AUGCUAGGUCCAACAAGUGCAGGAGGUACAGCCUUCAACACACGAUACUUACAAUCAUUCUCCAAUGCGGCAGUGCAAGAUCAGUGGAAGAAUGCAACCAUCAUCAAUUUACAACAAUACCUUAAUGAACACUCAACAAGCAAGGAUCUUGAAAAUAUACUGGUAUUAAUCUCGUCGGAACAAUUGAGAUUUCUUCAACUAAUUCAACAACGAGGAUUACCGAUAGAAAUUGGGGUUCAAACAGAAACAACAGAGCUCAGACGAUUUUGGUCGCAUAAAACGAUACAGCAAGCAAGUUCGUUCUCUCUGACGAAAGAUGAUCUGGCUAUUGGAAAGAGGAUUGAAGGAGAGGACUCUUCUUCAAACGAGGAAGAUUAUAACAUUCAAGUGCGUUCCUCAUCAAGAUCUGUCGUUCGUUCGGGCUCUAAAAAGCUUCGUCGAAAACGAUCAAACGAAGCGAAAAUGGUGAGAAGUUUGGACUCGGAAGUCGACGUGAAAGAAGAUCUUAAGGAUGUAAACAGAGCUUCAAAAAGAUCACUUAUUAUGGCCGAGUCAAAACGAUCAUUAUUGUCAGAAAAAACAUUACUUGAAACUAAAGAAGUUUCUGAAGAUGAAGACAAGGACGAUUCUGAAAAAGAGGCAGAUAAGGACGUUGCAAAACAAGAAUUAGAGAAUUCAUUAAACCUAGGAAACGGAGGCGCACUUAGCCCAACAUCUGAUUCAGAUGGUUCUGGGAUAUCUGGAAGCUCAGAAGGUUCUUCAGGUUCGCCAAAAACAAGAGAGGUUCACUUCACAAAGACUGUUACCACAGGUUAUGACAAGGAUGGUAAAAAGUUUGUCAAUGAAUAUAUCGUUAUCAAAAAGAUUGGAAAGGGUAUGCAUGGAAAGGUUAAGCUAUGCAGAAGAAGUGACAACAAUGAGCUUGUUGCUAUGAAAAUUAUCAACAAAUCUUGCUUCAAAGACGCUAGAAAAAAGGACAGGCUAGGUCGACCCAUGAAAAGCGGAGACGAUUCUAACUUAAUGUCUCUUAUGAAAGAGGUUGCAAUUUUGAAAAAGGUUUCGCAUCCUAACGUUGUAGAGCUUUAUGAAGUUAUAGAUGACCCCAAAACUGAUAAGCUAUUCCUAGUGUUCGAAUAUAUAGAGCGAGGAUGCUUGAUGAAACUAUUAUCUUUCGAAAAAACAGAUAGAGAGCCAUUUUCAGAAAAUGCGUGUCGAAAAUAUUUUCGAGACUUAAUUUGUGGACUUGAAUACUUGCAUGAAAAUAAGAUUGUACAUAGAGACAUCAAACCAGAAAAUAUUUUAAUUACCAACGAAGAUCGACUGAAAAUAACUGAUUUUGGAGUGAGCACAGUCUUGGAAGGAGAUAAUGCCAUGUUUAACACAGCUCCUGGUACUCCAGCAUUUCUUUCACCAGAGGCAUGUCAUGUUGGGUCGUAUAAUGGCUAUGCGUCAGAUAUCUGGGCUUCUGGUGUUACUUUGUUUGUUUUAGCAUUUGGAAAGCUUCCAUUUGUUGGCUUUAACAUUGUAGGCAUGUACAAUUCCAUUAUGAACGACGAGCCAGACAUUCCCGACAUCGCCAGUUCAAACCUUAAAGACCUUCUUGUUCGAUUGUUCUGCAAGGAUUGGCAAAAAAGAAUUACAAUUAAGGAAAUUAAGGAACAUCCAUGGGUGACAAUGGAUGGAACAUGGCCAUUAGAGACUCAAGUGGACAGAAUUGUACAAUCGACAGAGCAAGAAAUUGCCACAGCUAUCACCCUAGGUAGAGAACUUAAAGUUAUGGACCGAAUGGUGCUUCUUUCAAAGCUGAAAAACCGGUUCAGCAAGAAGGCUAGCAAGGCACGAGAUAAAAUAAGGCAGAAAAGAAAUCAAUCGCUGAACCAUUUGUCUGAUUAA